UAUCAAAACUAGCGGCAAAACUGCUGCUUGAAAGGAAGUCAACUUUUAAUGAAAGCGAGAUAGAAGGCGGUUUUGAGUUGGAAGAAGUCAACAUACUGAAAGGUAGCGGUCUUCUUUACUGUGGUCAGCCUUAUAGGACUGGUUCGAUCAGAACCACGAAACACUUCAGCUUCACACAUGUCACUGUCCAAGAAUUCUUAGCCGCCCAUUGGUUUGUAAAGGAAGAUUGUAUUCCAGUCGAGAAAUGCCCUGAAAUGGUUUUACAAUUCAUGGCUGGCAUUUUGUCAAGUGAGGGAAAAGAGAAACUGAUGGAAAAGUUGUUGACCAAUCGUCAAGUUUCAGGGAAUGAUAUUACAUUUCUCAGAGCAAAGUGUCUGAGUGAGUAUCAAGACAAAGAAUUCGCUAAAACGUUUAUCAGGAAUCAUCCGCAAGCGUUCAAUAGUUCAGACGGCGUCAUGUCUUUUCAUUUUUUAUCAGAUAUAGACUGCAUUGCAUUAUCAUUUGUGUUGGAAAUUAUCAGUGAACUAAACAAAGAGAAAGCUGGAGAGGCACAACACAAAUGUUCUGAUAAGUUCGUCCCAGUUAAGGAGCUGGGGCUUUUUAAUUCCCACCUAACAAUGUCUGGAAUACAACGAGUCUGUAAUUCCCUGAUCAAUGAACAUUCUCUUGUGUCUGAAUUGAUUAUAGGAGGAUCAGUCGUAAAUCUGUGGAGUAGUAAGAUCACUGAUACCGGUGUUGCCAGUCUAUGUGAAGCUUUACAGCAUCCAAGCUGUAAGCUAACCACACUAAAUCUGAGUUGCUCCGCUUCAGAGCCGAUCCCUGAGGGGAAUGGAACACUCGACUGCUGUAGGGAAGAGCCACAAGCUGAGAAAAACUUUGAUUCUUUGCUGGCUUCCUUCCCGCGACUAGGACAAAACAGUGGCUGA